UGCUCAGUCUGUGAAUAGCGCUCGAGCCGAUUCGUUUGGCGCAAUCCUACUCCUGCAAACGGAACUCACGCGGCGGCUGCAUCUCGUUUUUUCCUUCAGUUUCCACACUAACCACACAUUUCACGGCUCUGACUUUCAUUGUUUCUCGCUUCUCAAACGCUUUUCACGUCUACCUUAACGUCUCUACAAUUUCCACCCAACGCUACAUGCCGCAAAACGACGCGGAAUAAUGGUUAGAGCCCAGUUAACUUGGCUUUAACUGUCACACAGUUUAGUUUUGUGUUCACACUGAGAGAAAAUCAGCGAAAGGUAUAGAGGAAGGGAAUCAAAAUUUGCGUGCAUUUGCGGCCGCCGCUGCUGGCACCGUGAUAUAACAGGAGUUUGCCGCUCGACUUUCUCCACUUUCUCUCUCUCUCUCUCUUGCGAGUGGAAGUCGAAGUAGAAGUCAAGGUAUCCAUGUGGCAGCUCCAUUGACCAGGAGGCAAGCAAACGGAGCGGCGAAGCUAACGUUCCGUUCUUGGUGUUCAGAUUCGAGUGUGUUACACAAUGCCAGGUGGGCUGCCCACGUCUUGACUUUGUGAUGAGGCCUUUGCCAUUGUACUGAAAAAAGGAAAUAGAGGAAGGAAAGCAGGCAGGACAGGCCCAACCAACUGUUGCAAGGACCCGGCUCCUAACCUUGCUUACGUUUGGGGGCCAAACAGCACUGCUUUUGGGCCAAUUCGUUUGACAAUUGAGGAAGUGAGCCGCAACUUUUAAAUGAAGAAACAUGGGGAAUGGCAUGAACAAGGUCUUGCCGGGACUUUAUGUGGGCAACUACCGCGACUCAAAGGAUCAUGCCCAGCUGGAGAGGUUCAAGAUCUCGCACAUCAUUGCCAUACAUGACAGUCCGCGGCGUCUGCUGCCGGACAAGCACUACCUGUGCGUGAUGGCCUCGGAUACGCCGGACCAGAAUCUCUCCCAGUACUUUUCCGUCUGCAACGACUUCAUCCAUGCCGCCCGCCUUCGCGAGGGCAACGUGCUCAUCCACUGCCUGGCGGGGAUGUCGCGCUCGGUGACCGUGGCCGUUGCCUACAUCAUGACGGCCACCCACUUGAACUGGAAGGAGGCACUGAAGGUCGUUCGUGCCGGUCGCGCCGUGGCCAAUCCCAAUACUGGUUUUCAAAACCAGCUACAGGAGUUUGAGCAGUUCAAAUUGCCCGAGGAACGUCGCCGGCUAAGGGAACGCUUCCCAUCGUCGGCUCUGGAGCAACUCGAUCGCACAAAGGUGGUCACCGCACUGGAUAACUACCAGGAGCUGCUCCAGAAUCGGGACAUAUGCGAGGGCAACUGCUCCCGCGGCGAGAAGUGUCCUACAGGCGUCUGCAACAUGGACCCCACAAAGGGCUUGUUCCGCCGUCGUCCCUCCAACGCCUCCACCCACUCGCGCCUGCGUGCCCAGUCCUCCAAUGCCAACGCCUCGUCCAGUUCGCUCAGCGUGAGCAGUGCCGCCGCCCAGUCCUGCCCCACAUCGCCCAAGAACUCACCGCUGCCCAUGGCCCGUCGCUCGGUGGGCAACGAGCGCAUCCCCGAGGACGAGAUAGUCCUGGAACAGCCCCCGACCACGUCCCGCGAGGCGGCGGAGUAUGCUGCCGCCUUCGAGGAUGCCCGCCGUGAGCAGGAGCAGCGCCAGCAGCAGCUGGGCCGGAGUCAGCGCUCUCCCCGACCGGGCAAUUCCUCGCGAGAAACGCCUAGGGUGAGCAGCGCCGGCAGUCGGAGAGAGUCCGCCGCCAGGGAGGGAAAUGGCUCCGCCCAGCUGCAGAGGAGUGCCAGCACAGUCAGUGGUUUCGGAGUGCGUCCACGGAGCAGUCCGGCUGGUCUGCAUGCCUACACCGGUGAGUGCUCGGUUCCUUCCUCCGUCCACGGGUCUCGAGUGGAUUUGCGGGAGGUCGACAAGGGAUCGGCAAUCUAUCUGGGCUGCUCGGCGCCCAGGGCCUCUACACUGUCUAUAUCCUCAUCGAGGGGCUCGUCGGGCGGCUCGGCACCACCCUCGCCCUGCCACACUCCCCCCUCCAGUCCACGUCAUGGCGUGAGAAGAUCCACCAGCAUGGUAAAGAAGCCGAGAUGAAGUCCUGAGCCAGUCCUCACAUGGCGAGGAGGUUUUUUGAAGCUAGUUGCAUUGGCACCCACUGCAUCUGAUCUAAUCUGUAAUCCUUAGGCAACUUGACAUCCUUUGGCGAAAAGCGCGCGUUACCUGCAGCCUUGUUUUGGAUGAGAGGUCUACGGAUCUUGGAUUACAAUCCGUAGUAUCCUCGAGUAGCUUACUCUUGUUAGACGCUAGAGCGAAGGCAUCCUUCGUUUUCGGCUUUGGCUACACUACAAAAAGUUGUUGAUCAAUUUUUAAAACGCAUUCGGGGCACUCGCCUACGAGUGCAGCCUGAAUCAAAGAAAAUCAAAUGUUGAGAGAUUAUUUUUCAGAGACGCAUUUAAGAAAAUACCGACAUAUACAUAUACACACAUAAGUAUUUACUGUAUAUUAUAUAGCGUAUUUAUUUAUACGAGCAGAUUUGUUGUCGGUCCCAUUUGGAAGGACUGAUCCCCCGGCCUGCCCAUAGAGUUGGCCAUUUGUUAGUUUUGUAUCGAGUGCUAGAUGGCGAGCGAUUGCGGAAACAGUCGAACAAUAAUUGAGAAUUGUACAAUUGCGUAUUUUUGAUUAUAUCCAUUGUUGUUGCAAAUAUUUUGAUAGCGAAAAAAAAAACUAAACAAAAAAAAAACAAAUGGGGUAAACCCAAAAGAAGCGUUAUAUACAUUCAUACCUAGUUGAUAUAGUAUUGACAUAUGAGAUUUGAGAUUGUUAUUUAGAAUUGUUGCAUUGUGUAGCAUUGAAUAUAUAAACAAAGUUUAUUAGCUCACCGCCACCCCCUUUCUUCCACACACGAAACACAAAAAAAAACUCGAAACCCCUUUUA